AUGGCACAAAACGUACCGAAAAACGCCCUCGACCACCUCAUCCUCUUCCUACCCGCCGACCCUGAGACAAACCUCCCCAAGAUCCCUUCUUUCAUUAGUGACAACUUUACGCUCACGCCGGGUGGCACGCAUGCCGAUGGAUUAACGUCGAACACCCUCAUCCUCCUCUCCGACGGCUGCUACAUCGAACUCAUCUCCUUCGUCCCCAGCGCACCCCCCGACAAAAUCUCUUCCCACUGGUGGUCCUACUACGCCGCGCACCCCGGCUGGGCCGACUGGUGUCUCACCAACACGCUCUCCCCCACCGCCAACCACGCACCCAUCCGUGCAAGCCACCAAGCCCCCCUCCACGGCAGCCGCCAGCGCCCCGACGGCACAACCGUAAAAUGGGCCGUCACCUUUCCCCAAGGCCCCCACGGCGGCCAAUCCACCCGCGGCCUCGUCCCCUUCUUCUGCCACGAUGUCACACCGCGCACCGUGCGCGUCCCGCUGAGCGAGGAGCGGACGACGCAUCCCUCCGGCGUGCUGGGCGUGCAUUCGCUCAGCGUGCUUGUGAAGGAUGAAGCGGUAUGUAAUGCCCGUGUGACUCUGACAGCGUGCCUGAGGCAUUGGGAGCAGCAAAAAGAAACUUUUCGCACCGUGCUUACCGACCUCGAGCACGCGGACACCACGCACGCGUGCUUCGGCGCGCAACGCGUUGUGGACGUGCCUGAGCUGGGCGACAAGGACAGGGGUACGACUGUGAAGUUGAUAGUGGCGUCGCGGGAAGGUGAAAGGGAGAAGGUAAACAAGGGUGGAAGGGACUUCUGGUACGGCGACGUAGUGCUGAAGGCGAAGGCGAGAGAGGGCAAGGAGAAGGGAACAAAGGAGAGAUUAGACGUGGGUCAGGAUCUGAGGGGUUUGUGGAUCGUAUACACUUGA